UCAGCAAUCUAUCGGGAGCGGCGGGUGGUCGGCGCGGCGUGCUUGGCGGCAGCGGCGGCGGCUCUGGGCACUGGGGGCCCUGCUGGGAGGAGACAGGCAAGCAAGGCGGCGGCGGCGGCGGCGGCGGUUGCGGUUGCGUGUCUGCAGGUCGCAGCGUCAGGCUUCGGGAGCUGCAUCGGCACAGGGAGGAGGAUGGCGGAGUCAUCGGACAAGCUCUAUCGGGUCGAGUAUGCUAAGAGUGGGCGCGCCUCCUGCAAGAAAUGCAGCGAGAGCAUCCCCAAGGACUCGCUCCGGAUGGCCAUCAUGGUGCAGUCGCCCAUGUUCGAUGGGAAAGUCCCGCACUGGUACCACUUCUCCUGCUUCUGGAAGGUCGGCCACGCCAUCCGGCACCCUGACAUCGAGGUGGACGGGUUCUCCGAGCUCCGGUGGGACGACCAGCAGAAAGUCAAGAAGACGGCGGAGGCUGGAGGAGUGACAGGCAAAGGCCAAGAUGGGGUUGGCAGCAAGGCGGAGAAGACGCUGGGUGACUUCGCGGCCGAGUAUGCCAAGUCCAACAGAAGCACGUGCAAGGGCUGCAUGGAGAAGAUCGAGAAGGGCCACGUGCGCCUGUCCAAGAAGAUGCUGGACCCCGAGAAGCCCCAGCUGGGCAUGAUCGACCGCUGGUACCACCCAAACUGCUUUGUUCAGAACCGGGAGGAGCUGGGCUUCCGGCCCGAGUACAGCGCCAGCCAGCUUAAGGGCUUCAGCCUGCUCACCGCAGAGGACAAAGAAGCGCUGAAGAAGCAGCUCCCGGGCAUCAAGAGUGAAGGAAAGAGAAAAGGUGACGAGGUAGAUGGAGUGGAUGGAGUGGCCAAGAAGAAAUCUAAAAAAGAAAAGGACAAGGAGAGUAAGCUCGAAAAGGCCCUCAAGGCCCAGAACGACCUGAUCUGGAAUAUCAAGGACGAGCUAAAGAAAGUGUGUUCAACCAAUGACCUGAAAGAGCUGCUCAUCUUCAACAAGCAGCAAGUGCCCUCCGGGGAGUCGGCGAUCUUGGACCGAGUGGCCGACGGCAUGGUGUUCGGCGCCCUUCUUCCCUGUGAGGAAUGCUCAGGCCAGCUGGUCUUCAAGAGCGAUGCCUACUACUGUACUGGGGACGUCACUGCCUGGACCAAGUGCAUGGUCAAGACACAGACGCCUAACCGGAAGGAGUGGGUGACCCCAAAGGAAUUCCGAGAAAUCACUUACCUCAAGAAAUUGAAGAUCAAAAAACAGGACCGUAUAUUCCCCCCCGAGGCCAGCACCCCUGUGGCCACAGCACCCCCACCCCCCGCAGCCUCUGCACCCACCGCCGUGAACUCCUCGGCCCCACCAGACAAGCCGUUAUCCAACAUGAAGAUCCUGACUCUUGGGAAACUCUCCCGGAACAAGGAUGAAGUGAAGGCCGCGAUCGAGAAACUCGGGGGGAAGUUGACAGGGACGGCCAGCAAGGCCUCCCUGUGCGUCAGCACCAAGAAGGAGGUGGACAAGAUGAGUAAGAAGAUGGAGGAAGUGAAAGAAGCGAAUGUCCGAGUGGUGUCCGAGGAUUUCCUCCAGGACGUCUCGGCCUCGACCAAGAGCCUUCAGGAGCUGCUCUGCACCCACAUCCUGUCCCCCUGGGGGGCCGAAAUGAAGGCUGAGGUGAAGGCCGAACCUGUGGAAGCCGUGGCCCCCAGAGGGAAGUCAGGGGGUGCACUCCCCAAGAAGAGCAAGGGCCCCAUCAGGGAGGAAGGUGCCAACAAAUCUGAAAAAAGAAUGAAAUUAACUCUUAAAGGAGGAGCAGCCGUGGACCCCGAUUCUGGUCUGGAACACUCGGCCCAUGUCCUGGAGAAAGGCGGGAAGGUCUUCAGUGCCACACUCGGCCUGGUGGAUAUUGUCAAGGGAACCAACUCCUAUUACAAGCUGCAGCUCCUGGAGGAUGACAAGGAGAGCAGGUACUGGAUAUUCAGGUCCUGGGGCCGUGUGGGCACCGUAAUUGGUAGUAACAAACUGGAGCAGAUGCCAUCCAAGGAGGAUGCCAUUGAUCUUAUGAAAUUAUAUGAAGAGAAAACUGGGAAUGCCUGGCACUCCAAAAACUUCACAAAGUAUCCCAAGAAGUUCUACCCUCUGGAGAUUGACUAUGGCCAGGAUGAAGAGGCAGUGAAGAAGCUGACAGUAAACCCUGGCACCAAAUCCAAGCUCCCCAAAUCGGUGCAGGAACUCAUCAAGAUGAUCUUUGAUGUGGAAAGUAUGAAGAAAGCCAUGGUGGAGUACGAGAUUGACCUUCAGAAGAUGCCGUUGGGGAAGCUGAGCAAAAGGCAGAUCCAGGCCGCGUACGCCAUCCUCAGUGAGGUCCAGCAGGCCGUGUCCCAGGGCAGCAGCGACUCCCAGAUCCUGGAUCUCUCAAAUCGAUUCUACACCUUGAUCCCCCAUGACUUUGGGAUGAAGAAGCCUCCACUGCUGAACAAUGCGGACAGCGUGCAGGCCAAGGUGGAAAUGCUAGACAACCUAUUGGACAUCGAGGUGGCCUACAGUCUGCUCAGGGGUGGUUCUGAUGACAGCAGCAAGGACCCCAUUGAUGUCAACUAUGAGAAGCUCAAAACUGAUAUUAAGGUGGUGGACAGGGAUUCUGAAGAAGCCGAGACCAUCAGGAAGUACGUUAAGAACACUCACGCAACCACACACAAUGCAUAUGACUUGGAAGUUAUCGAUAUCUUUAAGAUCGAGCGUGAAGGGGAGAGUCAGCGUUACAAGCCAUUUAAACAGCUGCAUAACCGGAGGUUGCUGUGGCACGGGUCCAGGACCACCAACUUCGCCGGGAUCUUGUCCCAGGGUCUCCGGAUAGCCCCACCUGAAGCACCUGUGACGGGCUACAUGUUUGGGAAGGGGAUCUAUUUCGCCGACAUGGUCUCCAAGAGUGCCAACUACUGCCACACGUCCCAGGGAGACCCCAUAGGCUUGAUCCUGUUGGGAGAAGUUGCCCUUGGAAACAUGUAUGAGCUGAAGCACGCUUCGCACAUCAGCAAGUUACCCAAGGGCAAGCACAGUGUCAAAGGCUUAGGCAAAACGACCCCUGACCCCGCAGCCAGUAUUACUAUGGAUGGUGUGGAGGUUCCUCUUGGGACCGGGAUCCCAUCUGGUGUGAACGAUACCUGUCUGCUGUAUAACGAGUACAUUGUCUACGAUAUCGCUCAGGUCAAUCUCAAGUAUCUACUGAAGCUGAAAUUCAACUUUAAGACGUCCCUGUGGUGAGCUGUGAACCGCAGCCCCAGGAUCGUGGGGUGUCACCCCACGUGCUGUGCACCAACCAACCAGGCAGAAACCUCGGCCAAGUUGCCGAGGGAUGGUACCUUCACUGAAUCUCCUUAGAAAGGAUUUAUAUGAACACUUGGUCACAUGUUAGUGAUUUUCCCAACUUCUCCAAUCCGUUGUUUGUGUUGGUCGGGGUGGGGGGCGGUCGUUUGGGGCUUCUUUCCUGCCAGCCAUAACCCUGGUAGGUACAACUGACAAUAGGGGAAACGUUGGGAGGGUUUUGUUUUUGUUUUUGUUUUUGUUUUGCGUCUAGACUAGUCCAGCGAAAGAACCUUGCAAGCCACCUUAUAACGUCUGCCUUACUGGUUUCCCCAGGGAAGGAAAAAAAUAAUCUUCCACCCUUAUUUCUAAGUGUUCAUCUUUAGUUUUGGAAAAACGUUAAGCAUUUAUUUUAAGGUCAAAAUAAAAACUAAUUUCAUACUAUUUAA